CCUGCGCGCUGUGCCCGUGCGCCCGUGGCCAGGCUGUUUGCGAGUCCCGCGGAGCCGGCGGCGCCUCCAUCCCCGCUGACCUUCGCCAUCGGGCUCCGGGGCCCCGGGCGUCCCGCCGCCGCCGCCCCCGGUCGCAGCCCAUGCCGCCCGCCCGCCCUGAUGGACACACCCGCUGUUUCGCCCCAGUGACGGUCCCCGCUCGGAGCGCGGGGAGCCGCCUGCCCCUCGCCCCGCCGGCCCCCGCAGCCGGGGCCUCCGCUGCGCCCUUGCGGCUCCGGGAGCUGCCCUGAGCCGCGCGGCUCCUGGCAGGGAGGGGGCCGCCGGGUCCGAGCCCCCGAGCACCAUGGCCAGCCCCGGGGCCGGCGCGGCGGCUGCAGCCCCGCUCGCCCCUGGCUGGGAGCGGAGCUAGGCGGCGGGGGCCGUGCCGGGAGCCCCAUGAUGUCCAGGAUGAACGUAGCUCUCCAGGAUCUCAGCAACAACAUGUCUGAUUACAAACGAGCUACUUUGCAGGACGACGAGGGGGUGGAUGCGGCUGGGGAUGGAAGCGCCUCUCCUGAUAGCGUGGAGGUGGGGUUCAGGAAAGGUCCCCCUCCCUUGCUGAGCCGCCUGGGUUCACGGACCCAGUUGGAGUUGGCUCUCUGUGCCAUCUGCCUCAUCACGGCUCUGCUGCUGCUGGGCUCUCUGAUUGCGCUGGGCGUCCAGUACAGCAAAGACCCUUCCCACAGCACGUGCCUCACAGAAGCCUGCAUCACCGUGGCCAGUAAGAUCUUGGAGGCCCUGGACCGGGAGACAAAUCCCUGCGAGAACUUCUACCAGUACUCCUGCGGAGGGUGGAUAAAGCGGAACCCGCUGCCCGAUGGGCGCUCCAAGUGGAGCACCUUCAACAGCAUCUGGGACCAGAACCAGGCCAUCAUGAAACACCUCUUAGAGAACGCCUCCUUCAACUCCAGCAGCGAGGCGGAGAGGAAGACCCAGCGCUACUACCUGUCCUGUCUGAAGGAGCAGAAAAUCGGGGAGCUGGGCUCCCAGCCACUGAUGGACCUGAUUGAGAAGAUUGGCGGGUGGAAUAUUACCGGGCCCUGGAACCAGAGCAACUUCAUGGAAGUUCUGAAGAUGGUGUCGGGGACCUACCGGGCCGCCCCCUUUUUCACGGUCUACGUGGGCGCCGACUCCAAGAGUUCCAACAGCAAUGUCAUUCAGGUGGAUCAGUCAGGCCUUUUCCUCCCCUCCCGGGAUUACUACCUGAACAAGACAGCCAAUGAGAAGGUGCUGGCUGCUUACCUGGACUAUAUGGUGGAGCUGGGGAUGCUGCUGGGUGGAGAAAAGGUCUCCACCCAGGAGCAGAUGGAGCAGGUACUGGAGUUCGAGACCCUGCUGGCCAAUAUCACCGUCCCCCAGGACGAGAGGCGGGAUGAUGAGAAGAUCUAUCACAAGAUGAGCAUUGCAGAGCUGCAGGCUCUGGCCCCCACCAUUGACUGGCUGGAUUACAUGGCCUAUGCCCUGGCCCCGCUGGAGCUGAGCGAGGCGGAGCCCGUGGUGGUGUUUGGCCGCGAGUACCUGCAGCAGGUCUCCGAGCUAAUCAACAGCACGGACAGAAGCAUUUUGAACAACUACAUGAUCUGGAACCUGGUUCAGAAAACUGCCUCAAGCCUGGACCAGCGAUUCGAGACGGCCCAGGAGAAGCUGCUGGAGACCCUCUAUGGCACCAAGAAGUCCUGCACCCCUCGCUGGCAAACCUGCAUCUCCAACACCGACGACACGCUGGGCUUCGCCCUGGGCUCCUUGUUCGUGAAAGCCACCUUCGACAGAGACAGCAAGGAGAUUGCAGAGGAGAUGAUCAGCGAGAUCCGGACGGCUUUUGAGGAAUCCCUGGACCAGCUUGACUGGAUGGACAGGACGACGAGACAGGCCGCUAAGGAGAAGGCAGACGCCAUUUACGACAUGAUCGGCUUCCCGGACUUCAUCCUCGAUAACAAGGAGCUGGAUGACGUCUACGAUGGGUAUGAAGUCUCCGAAGACUCCUUUUUCCAGAACAUGCUGAACUUCUACAAUUUCUCUGCCAAGGUCAUGGCCGACCAGCUGCGGAAACCCCCGAACCGGGACCAGUGGAGCAUGACCCCGCAGACCGUCAACGCCUAUUACCUGCCCACCAAGAACGGGAUCGUCUUUCCAGCUGGGAUCCUGCAGGCUCCUUUCUACGCUCGCAACCACCCCAAGGCCCUCAACUUUGGCGGCAUCGGCGUAGUGAUGGGGCACGAGCUCACGCACGCAUUCGAUGACCAAGGUCGAGAAUACGACAAGGAGGGGAAUCUGCGUCCCUGGUGGCAGAACUCCUCCCUGGAGGCCUUUAAGAACCGGACCGAGUGCAUGAUGGAACAGUACAGCAAGUACAUGGUGAACGGCGAGCACGUCAACGGCAAGCAGACCCUGGGCGAGAACAUUGCAGACAACGGGGGCCUGAAGACAGCAUAUAACGCCUACAAAGCCUGGCUGCAGAAGAAUGGAGAGGAGAAGCACCUGCCUGCCGUGGGGCUCACCAACAACCAGCUCUUCUUCGUAGGAUUUGCACAGGUGUGGUGCUCUGUGCGCACGCCGGAAAGCUCGCACGAGGGGCUGGUCACCGAUCCACACAGUCCAGACAAGUUCCGGGUCAUCGGCACCCUCAGCAACUCCAGGGAUUUCGUCGAGCACUUUAAGUGCCCGGUGGGCUCGCCCAUGAACCCCGGCAAGCACUGUGAGGUGUGGUAGAGGGGGGCCGCAGGGCAAGGAGGCGUGCAGCCAGGGAGGGGGCCAAAGAAUCUGUACAUAUACAACCAAGCAACUUCCCCAGGACAUAGGCAGGCAGGAGCACCCACAUAGAGUCCCAGAGCCAUGCCCCCUCCCUCCCAGCCUCUUGGAUGGGGACACGUGGGGAACAUCUCCGGGAAGAUCUACUGGCCUCAGCUUCUCUGCUCUGGCUUGUCCUGUGCAGGCUGCAGGCUCCUCCCAUCUCAGACAGAGCUCCAGGAGAGAGUGUAGGAGCCGCGUUUUCCUGCACCACCUGCUGGGUGGAGCCUGGAACCCAGCCCACCCACCUUGGUCAUGCACCACCCUUGUACCAUUGAUCCCAUCCCCACUAUCAGCACCUGCCACCACUGCACAUUGCAAGGAGUGUCAGCCCAGGGUCUCCUGCCCGAGCCCCACUCCAGCCAGUCAGCCCCGCCUCCCCCAGCUCCCCAACAGAGGGUCAUCGGGUCCUGCCCACCCAAGCCGGGCAUAGGUUGAGAGCCUUCAAUGGGCAACACCAGCCUUUUCCUUACAGCCCCGCCCGGUGGGUCUAGUCUGGGUACAGCUCCUCCAACGAGAGCAAUGCUGGGAGUGCCGGUGUCGGCAGGGCCUGGGUGAUACAACCGCCGCGUGAUCGAACGCUGCUAGAGCAGGUUGAGAUGCCCAACGACGCCCUCAGUACCAGUGCUCCCAGCAGUGACCCCACCAGGGGGCAGCACUGGCCCUGCAGCAAGGACUGGCUAGAGUAGACAAGGCCAGUUAUGGGAACACUGGGUGGGAUGGGGCAGAGAGCCUCCAGAGCCUGGUGCCAUCCCAGGGAUGGGCAUAACAGCACCCACAGCGGCACAGUGCCCCAGUUGCCAGGCUGGGAUGCAGGGAGAUGGGACCCCUUCAGGGCACAAAGGGCAGCAGUGCAGCUCCCCUACCACCACUCCGGGCACAGGGAGGGGAGGCAUAAUUUGGGUCUGAAGGGCAGCAGCCCAGCACCCUCUAGUGCCAGGCUGGCAGGGGGAGAAUGUCCACAGGCAUUUUUAAUCUUUUUAAACCAACUGGAACAGCAGCAGUUAACCCCGUGAGGAUCCCUUCUGACUACGGGAUCUUCCCCGGGAUUAGCCCUGAAACAAGCUGCCUGUUCUAAACCAACUCCGAUCCCCUGCCAGCUUCCCUCCCACUAACCCAACUAUGUGCCAGGGCAGGUUUUUCCUGGAUCGUUUGAGGGGGAUCAGACAAGGCGUCUGAAUGCUGGGAGCUUCAGACCGUGAGCUGCUCUCGCUUCUGGGGCAUUUUCUUAACCUUCUUAGGCUCAUUGUAAUCCCAAACCAGCUUGGCUUAGAAACUCCCCAUUUGCUUUAAUUGGUUGGUCAUGGUGGGGACUGGUGCCUUGGACUAGCUUUGGGUCGUUCUUGAUGGAUUUAUUUAACGAUUAAAAGCAGUUUCCACUUUCA